AUGAUUAAGACUAAGAGGUGGUGGUGGUCCUUCAAGUUUCUUGGUGUGUACUGUAUCUCAAAAUCCAAAAGCACUUUCUUAGAACCUCUUGGGUUUGUUUAUAUGUUGAACAAUGGAAAUGGAAGUGAAGUGAGGCCUGAGAAGAGUGUGGUUCUUGUGUUUUUUUCAAUGAUUCCCAUUUUUGUUGCUUUCCUCGUUGUUUCUUCCUCUCUCGGCUCUUUCCUGUCUUUACCGGAUUCCGACCACCGGAAAAUGGUGAACCAUACUUUUAACCCGGAUAAAGACAGUCAAAAGCUAAGGAGAGUCGACGCUUAUCUCAAGAAGAUUAACAAGCCAGCUGUGAAGACCAUUCAGUGGUCUCUUCGUUUGUUGCUGCAGAGUCCAGAUGGUGAUGUCAUAGAUUGUGUUCCAUCUCUCCUUCAACCUGCAUUUGAUCACCCUGAGCUUAGAGGGAAGAAGCCAUUGGAUCCACCGGCGAGGCCAAAAGGUCAUAACUCUACAGAAGCAGGCUCUGAAAGCUUCCAGCUUUGGACAGACACAGGUGAAUCCUGUCCCAAAGGGACUGUUCCAAUCAGAAGGACAACUGAGAAAGACAUUCUGAGAGCAAGUUCUGUUAGAAGAUAUGGAAGAAGAAGACAUGUGCGGAGAGACUCCACGAGCAGCGGCCAUGAGCAUGCAGUUGUGUUUGAGAAUGGAGAUCAGUAUUAUGGAGCAAAAGCAAAAAUAAAUGUAUGGGCGCCUCGCGUGACAAAUGCGUACGAGUUUAGCUUGUCACAGAUAUGGAUCAUCUCUGGUUCUUUUGGCAAUGAUCUUAAUACCAUUGAAGCUGGUUGGCAGGUUAGCCCUGACCUAUAUGGAGAUAAUCGCCCAAGGUUCUUCAUAUACUGGACAAAUGAUGCUUACCACACCACAGGAUGCUACAACUUGCUUUGCUCAGGAUUUGUCCAAAUCAACAACAAGAUUGCUAUUGGAGCAGCCAUAUCCCCAAAGUCCUCCUUCAAUGGCAGGCAGUUCGAUAUUGGCUUAAUGGUCUGGAAGGAUCCAAAACAUGGACAUUGGUGGUUAGAAUUUGGAUCAGGAUUACUGGUGGGAUACUGGCCUGCAUUGCUUUUCAGUCACUUGAGAAGCCAUGCAAACAUGGUACAAUUCGGAGGAGAAGUUGUGAACACCAGAUCCUCAGGAUUUCACACAUCAACGCAAAUGGGCAGUGGCCGAUUUGCCCGAGAAGGCUUCGGGAAAGCAGCUUAUUUCAGGAACUUGCAGACCGUUGAUUGGGAUAAUAAUUUGGUUCCGUUUAAAAACCUUCGACUGUUGGCUGAUCAUUCAAAUUGUUACGACAUCAGACAUGGAAGAAACAAUGUUUGGGGAACAUACUUUUACUAUGGAGGUCCAGGAAGGAAUGUAAGAUGUCCUUGACUGUUUCAACUUUGAACCCUUUAUUUUUAUUUUUGUCCUUUUUUACCCCUUUGGGUAUUUAGUUUUCAUCCCAGGUUGAUUCUUAGAAAUAUUUUUCUCUCUAUCAAUCAAUGUAUAUUUUUGGCCACCUGGAAGGUUGAUUUGCCCUACCAUCUGGGAACUAUAUACAUGUAAAUUUUGGAGGGAAAAUACAAACUGUUAAUAAUACUAGCAAGUGAUGUCUGUCUUUUCUUGUUUGCUGCUAAAAUCUAAAAUUCUCAUUCACAGUAAAUAACAGCAGAAAUUUCAUCAGUUUACACACAUUUAGAUGUUUGGGAGCUCAAGAAAA